UGUCAAAUGUGUGAAGAUAACGUGAAUAUAAAAGUAGAACAUGUUUCAUUUCAGAGUGUUUUAUUCAAAACCCAACCGUCAAUGUUGUAUUCUAACGUGUGUUCUAAACUAAAUUCUAACUAUUAGUGAAAUUUAUUUUAAUCUCAAGGUUCCGUCAUGUCGCUGUUAGCAGAGUCGCCCAACGCCAAAAUGAACAAGGCGGUGCUCGACAGGUUCCUCACCCUGCCGCAGCCGGAGAACAAGGUCCAAGCCGAGUACAUCUGGAUAGAUGGAACAGGCGAGAACAUCCGAGCCAAAACCAAAACCCUCGACUUCGUGCCAAAAAGUGUUACAGAACUACCAAUCUGGAACUAUGAUGGAAGCUCGACGUAUCAAUCAGAAGGUAGCAAUUCUGAUACCUACCUCUACCCUGUGGCGAUGUACAGGGACCCUUUCCGUCGAGGCAAUAACAAGCUGGUGCUCUGCGAGACCUAUAAGUACAACAAGAAACCCACAGAAUCAAACCAUAGAGUAACAUGUGUAGAAGUGAUGAAGAAGGCAGCUGACGUGAAGCCAUGGUUCGGUAUUGAGCAGGAGUAUACUCUAUUGGACAUGGAAGGGAGACCCUUUGGAUGGCCAAAGAAUGGCUUUCCUGGUCCUCAGGGUCCGUACUACUGUGGAGUUGGAGCCAACAAAGUGUAUGCAAGGGACAUCGUUGAGUCUCACUAUCGUUGCUGUUUGUAUGCUGGUAUCACCAUCAGUGGAGUAAAUGCUGAAGUCAUGCCUUCACAGUGGGAAUUCCAAGUGGGGCCGUGUGAAGGGAUAGCCAUGGGAGACGAGUUGUGGUUGGCCCGCUACCUGCUUCAUCGUGUCUCUGAGGAAUUUGGCAUUGUUGUAACGCUGGACCCCAAACCUAUGGCCGGCGACUGGAAUGGUGCAGGUGCACAUUGUAACUUCAGCACAGCUCCAAUGAGAGAGGAGAAUGGCAUCAUUGAGAUUGAGAAGGCAAUUGACAAGCUGUCAAAGCAACAUCUGCGCCACAUCCAGGCCUACGACCCACAUGGAGGGAAGGACAACGAACGUCGUCUCACUGGUCACCAUGAAACCUCUUCCAUUCACGACUUUUCCGCAGGAGUUGCAAACCGAGGCGCCAGCAUCCGUAUUCCUCGAGGUUGUGCUGAAGAGAAGAAAGGUUACCUGGAGGACCGACGACCAGCGUCCAACUGUGAUCCGUAUCAAGUCACCGAGGCUAUCGUCCGUACCUGUUGUCUCAGCGAAUAGACUAGUAAAAUUAUUCCAAUUGUAAUUAUAAGCGUAAUAAGUGCUUUAUCCAUGUUUAAACUAAUUGUUAUUAUCGUAUUAUGUAUUUUUAAUGAUUAUUAAGAGAUCAUCGAAAUAAUUUUAUAAAACAUACAUGGUUAUUUUUAUAUACAUGUCUUUAAGAUUAUUUGGGGUCGGUUUAUGUCCCGAGGAUGUUUAAUAAUGUACAAAUGACAAAUCAUUAAUAUAUUAAUUAAAACAUUUGUUAUAAA